AUGUCUAAUAUUCGAAUAGAAUUAAUAGAAGCAGCACUUACGAGAGCACAUUUGUCAAUUGAUUAUAGUAUUUGUGUUGGCUUUCAUAAACAAUACGAAUUUUGUGAACAAUUCAUUCUUGCUGACGAAUCUCUUACAGAAGAAGAAAAAACUGAAGCAAUAAGAGAAAAUAAUAAAAGUUAUGACCGAGAUAAAAUUAUUUAUAAUUCAGGGACAAGAAGAAUUUGUGAAAAUUGCAACCAAAAAUGUUUAGCUACAUUAUAUUGUGAAUAUUGUGUUCGAAAUUAUUUAAAAUAUAAUUUUUCAAAUUGGACUUCUGGAAAUAAUGUUAUUGAUAAUUUAAUAAAAAAUUGCCAAACGGAAACACUUAUACCAAGUAGAAUUAUUGAAUGGAUCCCAUAUAAUAAUUUAGAAAGUAUUAAAUAUCUGACAAAAGGUGGAUUCUCAGAGAUUUAUACAGCAGAAUGGAUUGAUGGAAGAUACAUAGAAUGGGAUUCUAAAGUGCAACAAUUAGUAAGAUAUGGAACUCUUAAUGUAAUACUUAAAGAAUUAAAAAAUUUUGAAAAUGCAAGUCAAAGUUGGUUUGAAGAGGCUAAAUCACAUUUAACUUUAAGUAACAAAAUGUCAGAAAUUGUUCAAUGUUUCGGUUUAACAAAAAAUCCAUCAAAUGGAAAUUAUUUACUUGUAAUGAGUAAGUAUAACAUGAAUUUAAGAGAAUAUUUACAACAAAAUCAUAAUAAACUUACAUGGAAUGAAAGAAUUAGAAUUACUUUUGAAAUUAUUGAUGCACUUUAUUAUAUUCACAAAGAGAAUUCAAUUCAUAGAGAUUUGCAUUCUGGAAAUAUAUUAUAUUUACAGUAUGAAGAUUUUUGGCGAAUUAGUGAUCUUGGAUUUUGUGGUCCUGCAGACAAACCAUCAACUAGUAUAUAUGGAAAUCUUCCUUACAUAGCACCUGAAGUUAUUAUUGGAAGAGGAUAUACUUUUAAAUCUGAUAUUUAUAGUAUUGCAAUGCUUAUGUGGGAAAUUUCAUUUGGACAACCACCAUUUAUGAAUUAUGAAGAUGAUUGUAUUCUUGCAUUUAAUAUUAUUGAUGGUAUAAGACCAAAAAUUAUAUCAGAAAUUCCUUCAAAAUAUAAAAGUUUAAUGGAACAAUGCUGGGAUGCUAAUCCAUUAAAAAGACCUGAUCCUGAUACACUAUUAAAGAAGAUAAGAGAAAUUAAAACAUAUUAUCAAAAUAAUCCAAAUGAAUUACCUCAAUUAAUAGCAAAAGUAGAUAAAGAAAAAAUUGACAUAAAUAAAGAACAAAAAGCAUUUUAUAUCAGUAGAUCAUAUGAUUUUACUAUUUCUAGUAAUGCUAGUAAUCUUAGUAAAUCGAGUAAUCAAUAUAUACCAAUUAGUUCCAAUGAUAAUGAUAGUAAAGAAUCACCCAGAUUAUCGAAAAAAUUAAAAAUAGAGAAUGUAGACGUUCAAAAUGACUAUGAGGAAGAAUUUAUGCAACGACGAUCAAAUAUUGGUACUAAUGAUGAAGUACAAAAUAAUUUAAUUCUUCAUUCAGAACAAGAUAAAUCAGAAAUUCUCGAUGAUGAAUCUUAA